AUGUUGGUCCCCCAGCUUCCCCCUGGAGAUGCCCCCGGGGCCCCUGAGGAGUCUGGGCCUGGGGUGGAGGAGGAGCCCCUGGAGAGGCUGGCCCAUCUGGAGCAGCUGACAGUGCAUCUCAAGGAGGUGGUCAGAGAUAAGGACAGCCAGCUGGCCACCUUCGAAACCCAGCUCAAGAGCGAAAGGGAGACAGCGGAGGCACGCUUCACUAAACUGAAGCUGCAGGCCAAAGCCAAGAUGGCUACUCUGAAUAAACAAAUUGCUGACCUCAAGGGGCAGGAGGGAGCAGCAAGCUCUCCAGACAGCUCCUUCACCGGCUCAGCUCCUGCUGUGGAGGAGGAACUCCAGGAGCUGAGGAAGCAGCUCAGUGAGGUCUCGACCUCGACGAAGAACCUCGAGGAGCGUCUCCAGAUGUCCGAACAGGCCCUGUGUGAAAAGGAAGCCGUACACACGGAGCAGGUUCGUGUGCUUCAGGCAGUUGUCUGUGAAAAGGACGUGCGUUUCCAGGAGCAGAUCCAGAAGCAUGAGGACGAGCUGCUGAGGGUCACAGUGCAGAGGCAGAACGACGCCGAGCUGCAGCAAGUACAGCAGGCUCUACGUGCAGCCCAGCGGCGUUGUGAGGAGCAUGAGGAAGCCAUGCGGUCACGCUGCCAGGUGCUGGAGAUGCUGCAGGGGGAGCUGGACAAUGCCGACCAGCAGAAACAGAUCCUCACGGCUCAGUUCCACCAGAUGGAGGACGAGCUGGCUGAGACUGGCAGGCAGAGGGAGCAGGAGCUGGCUGAGGCUGGCAGGCAUAGGGAGCAGGAGCUGGCUGAGGCUGGCAGGCAUAGGGAGCAGGAGCUGGCUGAGGCUAGCAGGCAGAGGGAGGAGGAGAGGCAGCAGUGGGCUGGGUGGUCUAGCCAGGCCGAGGCAGAGCUGGUGGCCCUCCGAGCCAACCUGGAGGCCUCCGAGCAGGACAGAGCAGCCCAGCUAGCCAACCUGGAGGCCUCAGAGCACGACAGAGCUGCUCAGCUAGCCAGUUUGGAGGCUUCAGAGAGAGACAGAGCAGCCCAGAUGGAGGAGCUGACAGUGAAACUGGAGUGGGCCACUAGAGAGCGGGAGGAAGUGACCAACAGAGAAGUAGCCAGGUUGGAGAAGGAGCUUGCUGCCUUAAGAGAGGAGCAUGGAGAGGGGCAAAGGGCAGGAGAGGCCCUGGCUGAGUUGUUGACAGGCCUGCGCUCUCUGGCUGGAGAGGGGGCCGAGGAGGACAGCCCUGUUUCCACUGACCCGGCCCUGUGCCUGGAUACACUGCAGGCCCUGGAGGCCCGGCUGGAGAGGCUGAGGGUGGAGCAGAGGGAGAGCGAGCAACGCUGCGCCCAGGUCACCCACACUAUGGAGACAUUGCAAGAACAACUGGAUAAGCGCACUGCAGAAGGCGAAGAGGCUGUUGCUAGGAUACAACAGCUGGAGCAGCAAAUUGGAAUGGCUGCUAGGGAGUCAUUGGUCCAGUGUGUGACUGACCCGUCUGUGGAAGAAGUGACUGAUGCUGAAAAAGCCCAAAUAUUGGCUCUGGAGCAGCAGCUAUUGGAGAAAGACCAUGAGUUGGCUGCCCUGCGAGAGAGUCUUGUGCUGGCUGAAGAGCAGGGCUCAAAUGAUGCGUUCAAGGUAAGCGCUGAUCAGAUUCUAGACCAGAGUGAGGACACUGCCAUGGCCCCCUGCGACAGUCCUACAGUGCUGCCAGACCUCCUAGAAGACACGCAAGAGGAGGACACCACCCUGGUGGCAGAGGAUAGGUCAAUCCUGUCAGUCUCCGCUGAUAACGAGAGCAGUCCAGAGCUCAUUGAACCCCAGUCUGACUCUCCCGGAGAAUCUAAGGGGGCCUCCUCUGAUGAGAUGGUCACUAGCAGUGACUCCGAGGUGGCCCACAGCAGCUGGACCCUCCUAGAGGCUGUGAACCAAGAUGAAGGUCAGCAGUCGCCUCCCAUACUGCAGGGCUUUGGCCAGCUCCAGGUGCAAUCCUGGGAAGAGAACAGCUCUGAGCAGGAAACAUCCACAGUCCAGGUGGAGUCCUCAUCAGUCAUCAUCCGUGAGACUGUGCAGGUGCACCUCAGCCAGCAGGGGGCGACCCUCUUUGACUCUGACUCUGCCCCUGGACAGGUGUUUGCCCAGGCCCUAGCAGAUGAGCUGCAGAACAGGUACAGUGAGCUCAUGGUUGAGCUCCAGAGACUGAGAGAGGCUGCCUCAGAGUCACAGGAGAGAACCCAAGGCCUUGAGGAAGAGAUUCGGUCCCUGGCAGCUGCCAAGGAUGAGGCAGAGUCCAAGGCCCAGAGAUAUGAGGAAGAGCUCCAGUCAGCCAGGUCAGAGAUGGACACGGUGGCCCAGCACAGUGGCUCUGACUUGGAGAGGCAGAGCAUGGAGAUGCAUCUCCUGGAGGAGCAGCUGGCCAGCCUGCAGACAGAAGGCCGCUCCAAGGAGCAGCAGAUCCAGGCCCUGCAUGCAGACCUGGACAAGGCUCAGCGCUCUCUCUCUCAGCAGGAGGGCCAGGCCAGGAUGCUGAGCGCCCAGCUGGAAGAAGGGGAGAUCACCUCCUCUGAGCUGGAGCAGAAGCUCCAAGACAUGGAGGCCAGCCUACUGGACAUCUCCCAGGCUAGGGACAUGGCCAAAGCUGUACUGUCUGAGAGGGACACAGAGAUUAACGAGCUGCAACUGCGCAUCACCCAGAAAGAGCAGGAGAUGAUGGAGCUGAGCAAUGGCAUGUCUGCCAAACUACUCCAGACCGAUGAGGAGAAGUUCCUGAUGAGCACUGAAGUCAAGAAACUGAAGGAGCAGAUAAUUGAGCUUGAGAAAGCUGGAGAAAAGGAGAAAGCGACAGGGGAGAGUCAUGUAGAGGAUGGUGAUGAGCUCACUAGUUUGCGAAAGGACAAAGAGGAUCUGACAACCCAAGUGGCCACCAUUAAAAAGAGGUUGCAGGCAGCCCUGGUGCAGCGCAAAGAACUGAUGAAAAAAGUUACAGAGUUUGAGAAAGAGGCAGAUCAAAGGAAAGGACAGGUAGGGAAAGCAACGGUGGAAGCCCCUGCAAGUGUACCAGCUUUAGAAAAAGACAGAAAACAAGAGGUUAUGGCAAUUGAGACUACUCUCGAAGAGUUCAGACAAGCCUUGAGGUCCAAAGAAGAGGCCAUGGAGGUUUUGGAACAGAAAAUCAGCCAGCAGGAUCAGGUUCUGGAAGAGACACUUGAAAUGAACAGAAGGCUGAGUGAGGGAGCUCAGCAGACUCCAGAGGCUGACACCUCAGCUGAAAUCCCUGGGUUGCAGUCCCAGGUGGCCUCACUGGAGUCAGAUUGCGAAACACUGCAAAAGAAACUCCAGGAGGCCCAGGACUCUCGCAAAGACACCAUCCGCAAGGCCAAAGAAAAGGACAGGUACCACCGCGAACAGCUAAAACAGCAAAAGGAAGAGUACAACGGGCUGUUGGAGCGUUUGGAGGAGCAGGUUGGUGAACGAGAUGGGCUGUUGACUAGACUGAGAGAGCUCGAGGAACUGCAGGCACAGAAAGAGGUGAGCACAGAGAAGGAAGUACAUGCCGAGCUGGAGACCAACGCUGCAGCGGAGAAGAUUGAGAAGCCAGCUGCAGGAGAUUGGGUCCAGGAAGACUGGGUGGACUUUGCCGCCCCUGAGAAUGAAGCACAACAACAAGGUGAUAAACCCAUUCCCAGUGCUGAGGAACCCUCUCAGGUACUUUCAGCUGACAUUGAGGCCUCAUUACAAGCUCUGAAAGAAGAGGUCCAGGCUGAGAAGGCAUCUUGUACAGAGUUGGAGGGCCAACUGCAGGAGAGCCAGGCUAGCCUGGCACUCAGGGAAAGUGAGCUUCUAGAGCUGGGCAAAGAGCUGCAGGCCCUGAGAGAGAAGGAGAGCCAGAUUGAACAUGUCUAUGAGGAGUUGGAGGCUCUGAGGGAGAAGUGUCUCCAGGCUCAGACCUAUGCAGAAGCUGUGAAAGCAGAGUUGGAGGCUGCGGCCAAAGGAGCCGCCUCAGACUCCGCUGAGUCCACCAUUGCCAUCCUGCAGACAGAGGUGGAGGAAUUCAAGCAGUUCCUGAGCAACAAGAACGAUGAGAUCAUGGAGCUUAGCCAGCAGCUGGGUGAGCAAAGCUCUCUCCUCCAGUCCAUGCAAGAGACAGUGUAUGAGAAGGACCAGUCGAUCGCCUCCCUGCAUGAAGGCCUGAGAGCAGAGAAGGAAAAGAGCCAGAGACUGGAGGCUGAGGUCCCCCAGAGGCAGGAGGAAGAGAAGCGCAGCGAGGCCAAGAUCCUGCAGCUUCAGCAGAAGCUCAAGGCCGCCCUUAUCUCCCGCAAAGAUGCCCUCAAAGAGAACAAAAGCCAGAAAGAGGAGUUGGCCUCCACUGAGAAAGUCAUCACUGAACUGCAGCAGAAGAUGGAGGCUAGAAAAGUCGAGCUGGAGAAGCUGAGAGCAGAAAGAGAGAGGCUGAUAGAGGAGGUUGAUCGGACCUUGGUGGAGAACCAGAGCCUUGGAGGGUCCUGCGAGAGCCUCAAGCUGGCCAUGGAGGGUAUGCUGACAGAGAAAGACUUCUGUAAAAGAGAGGCCGAGUCUGCCAAGGAGGAGGCUGCCCGGGCAUGCAGAGAAUGUGAGGAGAAGGUGCAUGGGAUGAAGGAUGAGUAUGAGACUCUGCUAAAGUCCUAUGAGAACGUGAGUGAUGAGGCAGAGCGUGUGAGACGUGUGCUGGAAGCUGCUAGGCAGGAGAGGAAGGAGCUUGUUGCUAGAGCCAGGACCCACGAGGCAGCCAGGCAGGAGGCUGAACGGCAGAAAGAAGAGGCCCAGAAAGAGGUGGACACUGUCAAAGACAAGAUGAGGAAGUUUGCCAAGACCAAGCAGCAGAAAAUAAUGGAUUUAGAGGAGGAGAAUGAGAGUCUCAGAGAGAUGGAUGAAAAGAAAGGAAUAAGAAGGGAGGACAAGGCACUCAAAGGAGAACUUGAAAGACUCAAAGAGGAGUUUGAGGCUCUGAAAGCUGAUUUGAAUGCCACUACUGCACAGAGGGACUCCUUAGAACAGCAAGUUGUUAAGGUGAGGGAACAACUAGCCCAAGAGCUAGAGAAAGGGGACAGAUUAGCUCCAGAUAAAACCCCCAGCUCUGAUGAUGUAGUGGAGGAGACUAUUGUUGCCCAGCAGUCUAGUACAGUCAUGACUGAAACUACCCAAGAGCCAGUUAAGAGUCAGCCUCAGGACAUAGAGCCACAUAGUCAGGCUAUAGAGUCUGAGGUAGCUGCACCUGAAAUGCACUCUUUUGAGGAGACGGGGAAGACCGAAAUAACUGAAAGUACACAGGCCCUAAUUGAUGAGAAAUUGAGCAAAAUGGAGACAGCCCUACAGUCAGAGAGGGAACUGAGGCAAGAGCGCGAGGCUGAACUCACUGCUGAGCUGGCCUCUCUGGAGCAGCGCCUUCAGGAGAGUAAAGAGAAGGAACAGACCCAGAGGGAGGAGCCGGUGAAGACAGACAUGUAUGAAAGUGAACUGGCCGUAAUUGAGGGAAAGCGGAGGGAAAUGGAGGCAGCCCUACAUUCAGAGAGGGAACAGUGGCAAGAGAGUGAGGCUGAACUCAAGGCUGGUCUAGCCUCUCUAGAGCAGCUCCUUCAGGAGAGUAAAGAUAAGGAACAGAGCCUAAUGGAGGAGAGCUCUAAAAGGGAAGCCCAACUCCAGGAGCUCCACAGCAGCCUGGAGGUAGAGAAGGACGACCUAGAGGAGCGUCUGAUGAACCAGCUGGCCCAGCUGAAUGGCAGUAUCGCCGGCUACCAGCAGGACGCGGCAGACAGCCGGGAGCGCCUUGCGGAGCUGCAGCGGGAGGUGGAGAGACUGGAGAGGGAGCGGGCUGAACUGGAAGCCCUGGCCGAGAGCGAGAGGGACCGGGCAGCCAGGCUGGAGGAGGACAAGAGGCAGGCCCAGAGAGAGAGGGCCGAGGCAGAGGCAGAGUCAGGGAAGCAGAGGGAGCUGGAGCAGCAGCUGAAGUCCGCCCAGAGGGUGAAAGAGGGCAGCCAGAGCCGGGCAAAGCAGCUGGAGGAGCUGCUGAGAGAGAAACAGCUGGAGGUACGCCAGAUGCAGAAGGACUGCAUCCAGUACCAGGAAAGGAUCAGCGAGAUGGCCAGGGAGGGCAAGGCUUUGCAACUGGGCAGCAACGAGGUCCACAAAGAGCUUGGGCAAGUCUAUCUGGAGAGGACCAAAGUCACAGACGCUUUGAAGAAGACUGAGACUGAGCUAUCUAGCUGCAAAGUCCAGCUGGUUGAGGCCCAGACAGAGGCCAGCCAGGCCCAAGCUGAGAGGAGAGCCUGUGAGCAGACCACUCUACAGAGAGAGGCUGAGUUGAAAGCAGAGGCAGAGCAGAGCCUGGACUCUGUAAGGUUCAGGCUGGGAGCCGAGCUGAAGCAGAUUGAGCUGAGGUUGGAGGAGUCUUACCGGGAGAGGGAGAGAGAGGAGAAUGCCACCCGGGAGGCAAAAGAGCUGGCUGACACCGCUGAGAGACAGGCCCAGCAGAUGCAGGCCCGCCUCGAUGAGUCUCUGGCCCGACUGGCUGCCUUCUCGCGCUGUAUGUCCUCCCUGCAGGAUGACAGGGACCGCGUGCUGGAUGAGACCCGGCAGUGGGAGAGUCGCUUCAACAGCACCCUCCAGGGGAAGGAGGCCGAGGUGCGGGAGGGAGAGACCCGGUCCAGAGAUCUGGCUGAACAGCUGCAGAAAGAGACCGCACAGAGAGAAGAGCUACAGCUUACAGUGGACAGACUGCAGAAAGCAGACGAGCAGUGGCAGCUGAAAUGGGAGCAGGAAGAGAAGAGGCUCCGUGAGAACCAGGCUGCCCUGGAGCAGGAGAGGGGAGAGCUUCAGAAGUCCCUAGCCCAGACCGAGACCUCCCUGGCUGACGCUCGCGCCCAGCUGGCCUCCCUGGAGAGCGAGGCGGAGGGGCUCCGCCACAGAGCCCAGGCCCUGGAAGAGGCAGUUGGGAAGCUGCAGGGAGAGACCAACGAGGCCAGGUCCCAGCUGAAGGAGAGGGAAGCAGAAGGGAGGAGGCUGGGCCUGAGCGUGGAACAACUGGAGACAGACCUGCACUCCUCCAAGACCCUGACAGAGAACCUGCAGACAGAGCUGAGUGAGAAGGAGAGGAGAGAGGUAGAGCUGCUGGGGGAGAAGGAGCAAGCCGUGACACAGGCUGCAGAGGAGGCCAGGAGGGAGGCUGACGCCAGGGCCCAGGAGGCUGAGAAGGAGCUGGAGGAGAGGAGAGAGGAGGUGCGGGGUCUGGAGGACCGGCUGCGGAAGGCAGAGGAGGAGAGCAGCCACAGCAAAGCCAGGCUGGACGCCUUCACCAAGGCCAUGGGCUCUUUACAGGACGACAGAGACAGAGUACUUGGCAUGUACAAACAGCUGGAGGAGAAACAUCUGCAGGUGAUGAUGGAAAAGGACACUCUGAUCCAGGAGGCUGCUGCGGAGAAUAACAGUCUGAAGGAGGAGCUACGCUCUCUAUUGGUCCAGAGGGAUGACCUCCACGCAGAGAAGGCCAAGCUAUCUGCCCAGCUUCAUGGCUACAGGGACGACCUUACCCAGGUCCUCACCAUGAAGGAGUCCCAGCACAAGCAACUCUUGUCCGGCCAGCUGGAGCGCAUCGCUACCCUGGAGAAGGAGAGAGAAGAGCUAGGGACUAAGAUCAAGAGCCUGGAGGGAGGGGAGGCGUUCGUUCAGGCCGUGGAGAGGGAGGCCCUCAGCCAGGCUGGUGAUAGUGGAAACAGGCAGGGGAGAGACGCUCCCGGGGCGGAGGUAGAGAAGCUGAGGGAGCAGCUGCAGGCUGCCAGGGCCCAGGUGGAGAGCAUGGAGGAGAGCCUUGCCAAGGAAGGAGAGGUGCAGGAGGCUCGGCAGAAGGAGCUGAAAGAACUGCGUUGGGAGGGAGGGGUGACGCGCAUGGAAUCGGAGACAGCGGCCGAGAGGGUGGCCGAGCUGGCCCGAGACCUGCUGACCAUGGAGCAGAGGCUGCUGGAGGAGAGGGAGGUGGCCGGCCAGCUCCGGGCCCAGAACCAGGCGUUCGGCCAGGCCAUGGCUUCACUGCAGGGCAGCAGGGACCAGGCACUCAGCCAGGCCCAGGAGCUCAGCCUCAGACUGGAGGAGAUGAGCAGGGCAGGGGGCCAGCAGACACCCACCACGGGCCAUGGAGGAUCCACUGCGGAGGUGUGGGGACUGAAGAACGCCCUGUCAGCCCUGCAGAACGACAGGGAGAGACUGUUGGAACAGCUGCAGCGGCAGCACUCAGAGCUCACUCGACUGGGAGGAGGAGAGCUGUCUAGACUCAGCCAGGAGCUAGAGGAGGAGAGGAGGAGGGCUGAGGAGAUGGUGGACAGGAUGAGGGAGCUGGACAACCUGAGGCAGAGGGAGAUCCAGGAACUAGAAAUUCUCAGGCUGGAGCAGGUUGACUGGCAGGCCCAGGCAGAGCUCCUGAAGCAGCAGACCCUGGCCACCCUCUCGGACCGUGACCAGCAGGUGCGCCAGCUCAGUGCCAUGUUGGAGGAGGCCCGCGCCACCAGGCCCAAACCACUGGAGGAACAGCACCAGAGACAGAGGACAGGGGAAGUGGACAGUGCCCCCGGAGCUCCUCAGCAGCACAGUGGCCCUUCAGAGAGCGAGAGCCUCAGGGUGGAUUUUAAAGAGCUCCAGCGCAGACUGGAUGAAGAGCAGCAGUAUCGGGUGGUUGUGGAGGAGCAGCUAAUGGCCGCCCAGGACCGCCUCAAACUGAUCAACCAGGGUGAAUGGCAGUCGGCCCAUGAAGGGCAGUUCUCUGCUUCUGAGACAGCUGUCCUCAUUGAGCCACCAGGAGGCUCUGCAACCCGAAUUCGGAGCAGCAGUGGGCCAGGCCUGAUGAGAAUGCUGCGCGUGGCCUUCUGCUCUCGCCAGCGCACACCCCUGCUGGUGUCCCUCUACCUGCUCACCGUGCACGUGCUGCUACUGCUCUGCCUGGGGGGUUAUGUUUAGGGCCCCCUCCACCCCUUAGAGAGUGAGAGAGGAGAGAGAUGGAGAGAUAACGGACAUGUGACACAGACCCACCCACCCCCUCUCCAAGACAGAUAUCAUAUUACUGUUACAUUCAAUAGUGUAGAAUCGGAGAAGACUCGUCACACACACACACACACAGACCAUGCACUUUUGAUACAACAACAAAAAUAACGAUAAUGUGUCUUAGCCUAUUAACCAAAGUGAAUAGUUUUUUUUAUAUACUGGGAGUCAAAAACACCCUCUGCCAUCAUUGAUUUGAUUCAAUAUUUAAUAUGUUACCGUUAGCGUACAUGAUCAGUCAAAUGUUAUUGUAGAGGAAAUGAGAAGCAGUAUUGCACUACCUCAGAACUGUUGUUUAUUAGACUUCUAUAAAGGGACGUGGAUAUUAUGCAUCUUUAAAUGUACCUGGGGGAACUAACAUGAAAUGACACUGUACAGUAGAUUUACACGGUGUUUCGUUUUUCAGCCAGUUCAGCCAGUUAGUGGUGGUUUAGGUGCCUUUAAAUGAGGAGAAUAAAGGGUCACUUCAUGUCUGGAUGGAGUGAGGGUUAGGAUCUGUGGAUCUGUUCCUAUCUCUCUUACUCUCCUAUGUUCUCACGUACAAUGGACACCAACUGAAACGUGUACAACCUGCUAUGACUACAUUCCCACAACCAUCUAUUUAUUUUCUUUUUCCUUCUUUUUCCUCUCUUUAUUUUCUCUUUAAUUAAGAGAGAGCACCAUCAUUGGCAUAUUUGACUCCUGUAGUAUUUGUAUGUCGUAUGUACAGUAUGUAUGUACUGGAUGUGGGUUAUCCAAUCAAUUCCCCAAUUUCUGCCAUUGGUGCACAGAUGAGGGUUUUAUUCUAUUGAUUUUAUGGCAGAUUCAUUUGACAUUCUGGUGGAAUGUUGUCCAUUCCAGAUGAAAUCGUGUUGGUGUUUUUUCUGUGACACUACAAAUAAUGUCCAUCCAAUCUAAGAUUCCUAUAAUUUAGCAUUAUUUAUUGCUUACGCAUUUAAACCGUAUAAUCUACUACAAUGUAUGGUGAACACAAUACUGCUGGGAAAAAUGACUACUCAAAAACUUAUUCUUGGUGUCUGUUGUCCCACUACACAUCUUGUGACUCACUUAUCCUCUGUUAACUUCUAUUGUUAAUGACCUUGUACUGUGCUGUAUAGAUUGAAUUGUCAUGAUGAUUGAUGAUGAUGAUGAUACGUGUUUUUCAGCACAGCCUACUGAGGGGUAUAGGGCUAGAUGUGUACCAGUUAUUUUCAAAGGGGACUAGUUAGAACAUAACAGGUGAAAAAAUAAGACAAAUAUUGGGAAUGACACGUGAUUUAUGACCUGAUGAAAAUAACUGGUGCAAAGUAAAUCUAGUCCUUUAAGUGUCAAAUCUCUGUAUGAUCAGUGUUGGUUACUCUUGGGCUAUUUUUUAACUGAAAUAUAUUGGGAAAACAAA